AUGAAUUUAUUGAACAUUGCUAAACAUCUUCUCUAUUUGGCUCAAACUGAAUAUGGAUCUGGAAAUUUUGCAACAACUAUCGAUGAAAUUUUUGUUGCAGAACAAUUAUUCGAAGUUCUAAAGUCAUUUAAAGACAGCUACUUCAGUGAGCUGUACACUUAUGAUACUCUCGAAUUUGACGAUGAAUAUGAAGAAAUGACUGAUACAGAAGAAAACGAUGGUGACAUGGAUAAUUACAAUGAGAAUGAACAUUCUAGCAUACAAAAUCAGUUUACAUUAGAAGAAAUGGAAAAUAUAAUCGAAUGGGUUGACCAACAUCCAAAUGCCAGAGUAGCAUUUCCUAGUCAAGACAGUCAACUAUUGAUUUUUCCUGAAGGAUCAACUGGUUAUAUUCAACCGCAAGAUCUAUCAUUGUUUCGAUCAUGGCGCGUUAUUCAUGAAAAAAUUGAACAUUAUACUCAUAUCGAUAAAAUAGAAAUGACUAUAAAUGAUCGUCAAUGCUUUAUUAAUAUGCAUUCUGUUAUUCAUAAUCAACUGUCUGCUCCACAAUUUAAAAAUCUCAUUAAGAACGGAUUUAUACAAGCUCGAAUAAUAAAUGAAACAAUUGGUCAAAUUGAAAAACCAAAAGAUGUUUGCUUUAAAUUCUAUGUUCUAUACUAUUCAAUUAACAAUUGCAAUGGACGAACACUAUUAAUUUGUGCUUGGUGUAAAAAAGAUCCUUUGUUACUAUCAUCUGAUUGA